CAUUUCUCGCUCUCUCGCCUGUCCCCUCCCUCCGCUUCCUGUCUCUGAGGGGAUUCUGCUGCUGUUCCUCCUCCUCCUACCCCCCCCCUUCGGCUCUCCGCCGCCCGGUUCACCUUCUCCCCGCUUUCGAGUAAAUAUUAUGCUCCCGCCUCUCGAGCGGGCCGAGUCUCGAAGAGGCUAGAUCGGUUGCCUAGACACGGAGGAUGGCCGGAUGAAAAUAUGGUUUUCAUAGGCGGCUUGAAAACCCUUCUGCCACGUGCUGUCCGGAGUCUAAUUCGAACUAAUAAACUCAGCAUUAGCAAUACUUCUGGAAUGGCAGAAGGAUUUAAACAGGCAAACGUUGUGAUUCUUCACAAAUCUCUUGCGGAUGACUUUGAAAAAUUUUGCCAAGCCAAUGAUGGGCCACUUCCACUGCUGUAUAGAAGUAAACCAGGGGAAUGGAAAUGCCCGUCUCUGAGCAGUGAUGCUGAUAUUAGAACUGACUGUCUGCAGUACAAGAAAUACGAGAAUGGAGCAUGUACAGGCACUCUGACAAGUCUGAAGGAAUUUUCUGAGCAGCUUAAAGACAUGGUGACCUUCUACCUGGGCUGUAGCUUCACCUUUGAAAAGGCGCUCCAGGAAGUUGGCAUUCCUGUAAGAAAUGUCGAACAGAAAUGUAAUGUUAGCAUGUACAAGACUGCUGUGCCUUGCUGGGAUACAGAACAUUUUCACUGUGACCUAGUAGCAACCAUGAGACCUAUUCCUAAAGACAAAUUGGAAGCAGUUGUGCGAACAACCUAUCUGAUGAAAAAGGCACAUGGAGCACCAAUUCACAUUGGUAACCCUGGUUUGUUAGGAAUCCAAGACCUUUCCAAUCCAGACUAUGGCGAUGCAGUACAGGCUCAACCUGGGGAUAUUCCAGUCUUUUGGGCCUGUGGGGUUACAGGUGCAGAAGCUGUCAGCAAUUGCAAGUCUCCGCUUGCUUUUACCCAUGCUCCUGGUUGCAUGUUUAUUACUGACCUGAAAGUUGAGGAUGCCGCAGCGGGUGAUGGUAAAGAUGUCCCUGAAGUCUAUCGUAUUUGUCAGAAUCCUUUGCAUUACAGCAUCACGUCAGCAGCAGCUGUGCGAAAAAUCAGAUGUCUGGAAGACAUGGUAGGAGUAGACCCAGGGGACAGAGGUGUGACUCAUCUGCUUACUCAAGAUGAACUCCUGAAGGCAUGUCUGUCCAUUUCCCAUGCCCAGUCUGUGCUGAUUACUACUGGAUUCCCUACCCACUUCAAGUAUGAGCCGCCUGAAGAGAACGAUGGGCCUCCAGGGGCUAUUGCAAUGGCAGCUAUGUUGAAGGCCUUGGGGAAGAAUGUAGCUAUUGUAACUGAUCAAAGAGCUCUGAAUCUGAAUGAAAAGAUCAUCAAGGAAGCUGUUGAACAAGGGAUAUUGGAGACACCGGUCCCUAUAAUUAGCUAUCAUAGUGAUUCUGUGGAUUCAGCUUUGCUGUUUUUGUGUGAAGAUGGAAAUCCAGAAAAGCCUAGAUUUAAUCACCUGAUAGCAAUUGAACGUACUGGGAUGGCUGCUGAUGGCAAUUAUUAUAAUGCAAGAAAAAUUAAUAUUAAGCAUUUAGUGGAUCCCAUUGAUGAACUCUUUCUAGCUGCACAAAAUAUCCCAGGAAUUACUACAACAGGCAUUGGGGAUGGAGGAAAUGAACUGGGGAUGGGAAAAGUGAAAGAAGCUGUAAAGAAGUAUAUUAAAAAUGGAGACGUUAUAGCUUGUAACGUGGACGCUGAUUUUACAGUUGCUGCAGGGGUUUCCAACUGGGGAGGCUAUGCUGUUGCUUGCGCCCUAUAUAUCCUCAACACCUGUGAAAUACAUGACCGCUAUCUGAGGAAAGCUGUGGGAUUUCCUAGGUCAUCUGCCAAAAUGAAAUGGUCAUCAGCACUUCCAUCUGUGGCCAAGGAAGAAAAGUUGCUGAACAUAUUACAGCGACUCGAAGUACGCAGUGGGAAAACUGCUAGUCUGGCAAUGGAAGUAGAUGGGCUGCCAUUCUAUGACAUUCAUUCAGCUAUGCUUGAGAAGCUGCUGGAGGAAACUCUGAAGUAACUCUACCCUACAAGAUGCCGAUUUUUUUUUAUUUCUAAUAGUGAUAUAUAAAUAUUUUAAUAAAUAAAAAUAAAGAAAGAAAGAUAUAUAGACUUUGCAAAAAGAAGAAGACGACUGAUAAAACAGAUGACCUUCUUAGGGUCCCUUCCAACUCUAUAAUUCUGUGAUUCUGUUCAGCUAUUUUUCUCUGCAUUUCAGAGUGAUAAAGCAAACACACUCGCCUCAUUCAGACAUAACGCUGAACACAGUUUAGCAUUAUGUCCAAACCCAAACAAACUGUGUUAAGUCUGAACUAUGAAACUAGCCAACUUCAAAUCUUAGUUUAUUAAGCUGGUUUGUUUCAAUAGCACCUAGUUAAGGCUGACCAUAGCUUAGGCUUCCAGUAUGAUGCCAAAAUGGAGGUGGAAGAUUGUGAUCUCCUCUUCCUUGUAGCUGUGCUGGAGGCAAGGAAUGGGGAAAACACAGGCUCAGUAGGGAUGGAGGAGAAAUUCAAUUCAGUUCACAGUAAAACUCACUGAAUUCACACUGUCCACAGCAGUACACAAAUCAAAACACAGCCAUCCUUCAAAAUUUGCACUUAUCUGAAUUUUGCAGUGCAGUUUCCCAGCCAAGUAAUGUGUACCAAAGUACAUGUAAUAGAGUGAAGUGUGGAUAAAUAUGCUUUCUGUAUAUUGGUAUAAUAGCACAGAAAAAUGGAUUUUCAUAUGGAAAAGUGCAUUUUAUGAUAAAUUUGCACUAAAAUGCUGGUGAAUUUUCAUGAGGACACUUAGAAAAAAUAUCUCAGAAAUGUGGAGAGCUGAAUUUAAGAUUGGGAAAAUGAGACAGCAUUUAAACAUCAGAAUUUGUGGAAAUGUUUCUUAAUGGUCUGUAUCUAUGGAUAUUGGGCAGUCUAGGACCUCCAAUGUUACUGGUUUGUUUAUCCUUGUGGAAUGUUUAGUCUAGUAGAAAUAUUGCUGCCAUCUUCAACAGAUGUUUGCCCUGACCCAGAAUUUUUUCUGAGUGACGAUACGGUCAUUACUUUAAAAGUUACUUCAUUUGCCUUAAUGGUUGCUACAAGUCAGACAUUUAUUUUUUAAAAGAUGAAUGUGAUCUCUUACCAUGAAUUUACAAUAAAUUAAUCUUACAAUGAA